AUGGUCGACUGUAUGGAAGUUCCUCGAGGCAAGGCAGAUCGAGAUCGUGAACAAGACAGCUCUCCAGGCGAAAAUUUGCAAAAUACACAAAAGUUGAAACCCAACGACAAAGCUGGAAGGGGAGAGACUUACAGAAAUCUUGGCAUUGUCCAUCAAAAUUCAAGCGAUUUUCAUGAGGCCAUUGAGUACCAUGAGUGCCAUCUGCAAACUACAAAAGAAGGGGGGGAUAAAGCUGGACAAGAACGGGCUUAUGGAAAUCUUGGCAAUGACUUUAAAGGCUUAGACGAUUUUCAUAAGGCAAUCGAGUGCUAUGAAUGUCAUCCACAAACUGCAAGAGAAUUGGGAGGCAAAGCUAGAGAAGGACGGGCUUAUGGAAAACUUGGCAUUUCCUAUGAGAGUUUACGCGAUUAUCAUAAGGCAGUCGAGAACCAUGAGCGUCAUCUACAAAUUGCAAAAGAAGUGGGAGACAAAGCUGGAGAAGGACGGGCUUAUGGAAAUCUUGGCAAUGCCUAUCAGAUGUUAGGCGAUUUUCAUAAGGCUAUCAGUUACCACGAGCGUCAUCUACAAAUUGCAAAAGAAGUGGGAGACAAAGCUGGAGAAGGACGGGCUUAUGGAAAUCUUGGCAAUGCCUAUCAUAGCUUAGGCGAUUUUCAUAAGGCUAUCAGUUACCACGAGCGUCAUCUACAAAUUGCAAAAGAAGUGGGAGACAAAGCUGGAGAAGGACGGGCUUAUGGAAAUCUUGGCAAUGCCUAUCAUAGCUUAGGCGAUUUUCAUAAGGCUAUCAGUUACCACGAGCGUCAUCUACAAAUUGCAAAAGAAGUGGGAGACAAAGCUGGAGAAGGACGGGCUUAUGGAAAUCUUGGCAAUGCCUAUCAUAGCUUAGGCGAUUUUCAUAAGGCUAUCAGUUACCACGAGCGUCAUCUACAAAUUGCAAAAGAAGUGGGAGACAAAGCUGGAGAAGGAGGGGCUUAUGGAAAUCUUGGCAAUGCCUAUCAGAGCUUAGGCGAUUUUCAUAAGGCUAUCAGUUACCACGAGCGUCAUCUACAAAUUGCAAAAGAAGUGGGAGACAAAGCUGGAGAAGGACGGGCUUAUGGAAAUCUUGGCAAUGCCUAUCAGAUGUUAGGCGAUUUUCAUAAGGCUAUCAGUUACCACGAGCGUCAUCUACAAAUUGCAAAAGAAGUGGGAGACAAAGCUGGAGAAGGACGGGCUUAUGGAAAUCUUGGCAAUGCCUAUCAGAUGCUAGGCGAUUUUCAUAAGGCUAUCAGUUACCACGAGCGUCAUCUACAAAUUGCAAAAGAAGUGGGAGACAAGCGAUUUUCAUAA